AUGAAAAAAUUUUUUUAGAAAUUAUUAUGUCAAGAUAACAUCCAAGAUCAAAACCCAACUAAUUACUAAAAUUAACACAUAUCAGAUACUAAUGGAAGUUAAGUUAUUAUUCAAAAUCAUUAUUCAUAACCUUCUAAUCUUCAAAGAAAUUCAAGUUUAUAAAUGUUGCUUACUUAAAUUUCUAAUGAAAAUUUUGAAUUUCAAACUAAUUUCUCUCAAAAACAUUUAUUUUUUUAUAAGCAAACUCAAAAAUAAUUUACUUUUCCAGAAGAUGACUAUAAAACUAAUCACAAAAAUAUUUUUGACUUAUACUAUUAGAAAGCAAUAACUUAUGAUAUAACUUAUAGAUAUAUAGCACCUCAUUAAUUAGGUAAAUACAUAUCAAAAAGAUGUAUUGAUACUGAUUAUGUACUAGAAAUUAAUUCAUAAUUCAAUCAACAUUCAAUAUAAGUAGAUUGUUUUAGAAUAUUUUUAGUUUGCCAAUGCUGGAAUCUUUGUGACUUCUAUUGAAGCAAACUAGAAAAAUGCUAUUUCUGGUUUCAAGAAUAUUAUCUAAUAUGAUUUGUAGAAUAAAAUUGAUCUAUUUUAUGGGGAAUUCUAAUCAAUGGGAGGAAAAUUUGAUUUAUAUGAUGGCAUCUUUAUUAAUUUAUGUAGCUAUGAGAAAAGUAAAUAAAAUGAUUUUAUUAAAACUUCAAUCUAGAAGUGUUUUAUACUUAAUCCUAAUAUCAUUAUUUUAACAAAUCAAAAAAAAUUGAAUUUUCUCUAGAAUGCAAUAGAAGAUUUUGUUUAUUUUGAAAAACAAAAAAUUAUUAUUAAUGAUAUACAUACAUUUACAAUUUAUUAUUUCGGAAAAUAUUGUAAAAUUUAAUAAUAAGAAUUAAUUGAAGCUAUUAAAAACAUAUUUAUAGUUAAUACUUAAUAAUAAUUUGAUAUAAGUGCAUCUAUAAGAAAUCUAUUAGUAGAAUUAUUUGAAACAAUUCAAUUUUCAAAAAUCCUUUCAGUACUUUUAAUGACAUUUAAUUAAAUUAGUGACAAAUCAGAAAUCUUAAAUGUCUUUUUAAAAGAACUUGAAAAAUAAAAAAUUUUAUCUUAAGAGAGAAUAAAGCAAGUAUUUGUAAUAAAACUAAGUAGAUUUACAUUCAAGGGGCGACAUCUCCAAGUACUGUGAAAUUUCAGAAUCAUCCAAGUUCAGUGAAUAGAAUAAUAAAAGGUAUAUAAAUAAUAAAAAUAUAUGUUUAGAAGCUUCAGAAUCAUCAUCAUAAAGUUAUGCCUCUUUUAAUAUAUUGUUGUCGUAUUAGUUAAGAAACUCUGGAUACAGUUCAUACGAAUAAUAGGUUUAAUCAGCAAAAUUUAAGGAUGAAUGA